AUGAGAAGCAAGAGGAUUGCGCCUCCAUCAUACAACGCCAGUGCAGCUCGUGAGCCAUCCUGCACGCCAGCCCACCACAUAGUAUUUCUGAAGAUGCACAAAGCAGGCAGCUCCACUGUAUUCAACAUUCUUCUGCGUUACGCAGUCGAGGAAGGACUCAUCUUAGCGCUACCGCAUUCACCAAUUCAUUUUCAGCAUAGCACCGCGAAGCUGUUCGACCCUGCACAGUUGCUGAACUUGACCGGGGCAGGCAUAUCCUUAAGCCUGGUUGCCAUGCACAUGCGCCUGGACCACAAGGCGCUGCUGUCGGUAACAGGAAAUGAGACGCGCUUCGUUACCAUCGUGAGGAGGCCGGUGGACCUGUUUCGCUCGUUGUAUGACUACUACGCGCUACAGCGCCACUUCGGCGACGAGCCACUCGAGCAGUUUGUCUUCAACGAAGAGCAUGUUCGUGCCCUUCAAACGACGCGUUUCGCUGGAAACCUCGGCUUCAAUCAAAUGGCCUUUGACCUAGGCAUGGACCCGGAAGAUUUUGAAAACGAAGAAAAGGUGGCUGAGCUGAUUUCGAUGGUCGAGUCUACAUUCGACGUGGUAAUGGUUGCGGAGCAAUUCGUCGAGUCUCUGGUUCUGCUACGCCACAAACUUUGCCUGCCAAGCCUACGCAGCGUCGUAGCAUUUCGGAAGAACGCGCUGCAAAACCGCACCACGUUGACACCGCGGGUAGCUGCUCGAAUCGCCGCGCUCAACGCAGCCGACACGCGUAUCUACGAGUAUUUUGCCCUCCGCCUUGAGCGUCAGCUGCAGGCUCUUGGCGCGAAGCGUGUUGCCUCAGAAGCUGCCAAUAUCGAGGCCAUCACCAGGCGCUGGCAGGAGCGCUGCGUCGAUUCUACAACCGCGGGCCGUCGGGUAGUGGCGCACAAGCUGCGAGAAAGCAUGGACAAUGACGACACCUGUCACCGCCUCGCUCUCUCUGAGAUUGAAUUUACGAAGGAGUUACGCUGGAAGCAGACACGCCUAGCAAGACAGAGAACUGGCUUUUUCUACCAGUGA